CAUUUUAUUCAGCGCCGCUUCUGACUGCCUGCCACUGUCGGUAGGUAAACCCUAGUGCACCAUUGCCGCUUCAGACGCGCCACAUCUUCUGCCUCCAGUUAACCAAAGUAGCGCACGGACUCAAUGGGAACUGAAGAAUGCGUGUUAAAUCUUGAUGACAUGGUGAUUGUUCAUAGGAAUGUAUCACCAUGCCCAAGAUUCGAUCAAUCAGAAGAUGAAAAUGCUUUCUUUAUCGAUGCGUUUCUUGAGUUACCUGGUGGUGCCUCUGAAAGAAAAGCCACCGCAAGCAGAAACCAAUCUUCCUUAUUAGCCCAUGCAGAAUCUUUGACUCCGAGUUACCUGCAUGAAGAAGAUGUGAAUGUCCUCAGGUGGUUCAUUAGUCAAGUGGAGAAACCACCUAUGGUUCAAGAAUCUGCUAGCCACAGAGUUAUGGUAAAAUAAUUCAUAUUUUGUCUGUUUAUUGCAUAGUUAUAAUGUCUGUCCGUUUCCAGCCAACUAGGAUCAUUUUACUGUUUCUUAUUAAUAAUACUGGUGAGACACACCCUUACGGGUGAGCCAGGAACAGUCACAAAAUCAAAAUGGGUAAAAUUUUCAGGUCAGGUUGAAUGUGGUUUGGUUUGGUUGAACCAUCAACGCUCUUGAUCUUUCUUUUAGAAUUUCAUAGAUUAUAUAUACAUCAAAUAUGAUUACAAAAUUAUUAC